AUGGCAGAGACACCACCAAAGCGUUACAAACUUUACUUAGAAACUACAAAGAAACGACGGAGUAAAAGGACUACUUCAUUUCCAAGAGCAGUUGAUGAAUACAGACAAAAACAUAAUACAAGCGGACCAUUGAAUAUUUUUGAUGUUACGAAUUCAAUGAAGUCCUCAAUUGUCGACGGAAAACAUUCUAUAAGCACCAAUGUCGCUGGUGUAGAAAACGUCAGUGGGGUGGAACCCGAGAAUCGAAGUAAUUCGUCUAGCAACUGCGAAGAAACGAAUCUUCAUCGGCAUAAUCAAGAUACGUCAAUUGACACUCAAACAAUUACUACGGAAAUCAAAAACAAUACGUUCCAACCAAAAGAACAUACCGAUUUUCUGAAACAAUCUUCGAACGGUUAUGAUCGGAUCAUGUUCAAAGAAUCUGAAACGAGUAUUAAUGAUGUUAUAACAAUGAUAACUGGUUUUACGUUGAGAUUCGGUUUAUGUAAUAACGGGAGAACACAAUUAAUGGAAAUGUUCAAAUUAUGCGCGGGAUCUCAAUAUAAUGAUGUCUCAAUAUCUGAUCAUCAAUAUAAUAAAAUAUUUGAGAUUCCUGAAGAAACAAUAAUAGCUCAUUAUUAUUGCGCAAAAUGUACAAAGAUAAUUUAUAUAUCGCCAAAGAAAUCAAUGAAAGAUACGGAAGUGAUUUGUGAUCAAUGUGUAGAAAUUAUUCGAUUAAAUUCUCUCAAUGAAAAUUAUUUUUUAUCAAUUAAUGUUGAGUAUCAAUUGAAAGAACUUUUAAAAUCAAAAAACAUUUAUUCGGCAAUCAGUGAAAGUUUCAAUAAUGAAUAUAGUAACAACUCUAAAAUUACAGACAUAACGGAUUCAGAAUUAUUUGUAAAGUUUGCAAAUAACAAUGAAAAAACCAUAUAUUUAAAUGUUAGCACUAAUGGAACACCAAUAUUUAGAGAAUCAAAAAGGAGCAUGUGGCCUUUACAAAUACUGGUUAACAAUCUACCGCCUAGAUUAAGAUUUAACAAUGUGAUUAUUGCAGGAUUUAUGAUAGUAACCCAUGAGCCUACUCCAGAAUUAAUGAAUUUGUUCAUGGAAAGUUUUGUUAAACAAAUUGAAAAUUUAAACAGUAAAGGGUUCAAUUUAGCUGACAAUAAUACCGAAAGUAAUCAAGAGAAAAUCAACGUUGCAGUUUCUAAUUUUUCUGCAGACUCAGUUACUCAAGCGUUAUGUCAAAACAGAGUGAAGCAUAGUGAAUACUUUGCUUGCAGCUAUUGUUAUAUAAUGGGAGAAACAUCUGAUGGAGCAAAACAUUUCCCAUUCACUGCAACAAUUGAAGAAUUAAGAACGCAUGAUUCACAUAUUAAAGAUGUUGCAAAGUGUAAUAAGAAGAAGCCAAAAGUGGAAUGUCGCGGAGUAGAAGGACCAUCAGAAUUAUUAUCUCUGCCGAAUUUUGACAUGGUUUGGAGUUUUCCGUUUGACAGUAUGAAUACUUGGGAUUUAGGUGUAACAAAAUUUUUGUGGGAAUUGAUACUAAAAGGCUUAAACAAAGAAGAAACAUUAAGACUAGAUGAAUUAGUAAAUACUAUUAAACCACCUUGCACAGUUGGGAUUUUUCCAAAAGCGUUCACUGAUUUCAACAAUUUUGAAGCCAAGGAUUUUAAUGCUUUAUUAUUAUUUUAUAGUAUACCUAUCGGGUUCGAUAUAUUUAGUGAUGAUAUAAUGUAUCUUCUUGCACUGUUAUCAAAAGGUUUGUUCACUUUAUCACAGCACGAAAUAUCUGAAGAUGAAUUGAACGAGUGUGAAGAAAUGUUGAUAAUAUUUGUAGAUAGUUUUCAAAAAAUUUUUGGGGAAUCGAAAAUGAAGCUUAACGUCCAUUUACUGUUACAUGCAGUUGAUUCAGUACGUAAAAGUGGCCCAUUAUGGGCCAAUUAUACAUAUCUUCAUGAAGGCAGUAUUCAUUUUUUAAAAAUGCUUGUAAAUGAUGCCGAAGGUGUUGAUCUUCAAAUAAUUGAAAAAUCAAUAAAUGCUAUCAAAUUUAAAUCAGUAUUCCACGAUAAUAAUAGAAUUACUAAUGAAAAAGUAAGUAUUUACUGUAAAAAUCUUUUUUCUGAUUGUAAAGAACCAUUGAUAGGAACUAUACACAAUGGUGUUCUUUAUAAUGAAUCUGACAGUGUAAAAUUAAAUCAUACUUCAGAUAAAAAAUAUUAUGAUAAAUGUGUUUAUAAUAAGAAUAUAUAUAGUACAAUGUUUUAUGAUAAAACUAAUAAGUGGGAUGAUAGUUAUAUACAACUGAAAUCUGGUAAAUUUGCUCGAAUUCUAGAAAUAUUUUCGAGUGAAAAUGAAAAUUUAAUAACUAUUGAAAUAAUAGAUGUCCAGCAAUUGAAUAUAAACGGUAUUGUAAUGACUCACGUAUGGAAAGUUGAAGCAAAAGAAAUUAAAGUUGUUAUAACAUCUUUAGAAAAUGUUCUUCGUAAAGUUAUUUAUAUUAAAGGCGAAAAUUUUGAUUUUAUAACUGUACAACCUGGUAACUACCACAAUGACUAA